CAGCAGGGGACGGUAAACUAAGAGGACGCAGAAGAAGAGGAGCGCAGGCUACGGUACUUCCUCUUCCCACUGCGGCCUCAGAGGUAUCUGAAAAUGGUCCGCUACUCUCUCGACCCCGAGAACCCUACUAAAUCAUGCAAGGCGAGGGGCUCCAACCUCCGGGUUCACUUCAAGAACACCCGUGAGACAGCCCAGGCCAUCAAGGGCAUGCACAUCCGCAAAGCCAACAAGUACCUGAGGGACGUCAUCGUCAAGCACCAGUGUGUCCCCUUCCGUCGCUACAAUGGUGGAGUGGGCCGCUGUGCUCAGGCCAAGCAGUUCGGCUGGACUCAGGGUCGCUGGCCCAAGAAAAGCGCAGAGUUCCUGCUGCACAUGCUUAAGAAUGCAGAGAGCAACGCUGAGCUGAAGGGUCUGGACGUGGACUCUCUGGUCAUAGAACACAUCCAGGUCAACAAGGCCCCCAAGAUGAGGAGACGCACGUACCGCGCCCACGGCCGCAUCAACCCCUACAUGAGCUCACCGUGCCACAUCGAGAUGAUCCUCACUGAGAAGGAGCAGAUCGUCCCCAAGCCAGAGGAGGAGGUGGCCCAGAAGAAAAAGGUUUCACAGAAGAAGCUGAAGAAGCAGAAGCUGAUGGCUCGCGAGUAAAUUCUAAUAAAAAGCUGUCUUGUAAUAUGAA